AUGGCAAGUCAAGAACGAGAAGAAUCGACAUUUGUAGCGUGUCCAAUCUGUUUUGACGGGAUAGAUCUUGAUGACCCAACAGAAAUAUGUUCGACAUGUACACAGAAAUACCACAGAAAUUGUAUUCUUCAAUGGCUAAAGAAAUGGUCUCAUUGCCCUUAUUGUCGUGCAAAUAUGAAUGAACUCAGGAACUUGUUGAGAUUACCAAAUCAAACGAUGCAACAAACUGCACAGAACAAUGCUAUCAAUAAUUAUGAUCUUAUGAACGAUGACGAAACUGCAUUAGAGGAAGAUUUUGGUGUGACUUGCCCUUGCUCAUAG